AUGCGACUCCACCAUCUCUCGCGCCCCGACCGCUUUCGAUCCGGCUAUCGACCCUCGUUCUACGCCGCAUACGCACGUGCUGCAAAGCGAUACCGUUUUGAAGCGAGCAAAUAUGGAAGCUUUGCAUAUCGGAAGAAUGUCGUCGUGAAAGUGAGGAGCAUGAACGACAAUUCUACCGACCACGAAGUUCCCGCAGAAGCAAUCCAGAACGGUAUGGGUUCUUCAGGUCCUGAACCUUCUGAAUAUGUCGUGCCUGUCAGCAUCGGCACUCCGGGGAAGACGUUGAUGCUGGAUUUUGACACGGGAUCGUCAGACCUUUGGGUCUGGAGUUCGGAGAUCGCUGGGGCCGGGAAAUACCGAGCGUCGCACCGUCUGUACCACCCUCACCUCUCCGCUACUGCGAAGAAGGUAGAUGGGUCGUGGAAGAUCUCCUACGGCGACGGGUCCUCCGCUUCGGGCGACGUUUGGAUGGACCACAUCAGGGUCGCAGGCGUGCGCAUUCACGGCCAAGCGGUGGAGGUUGCGCAGCGCCUGAGUCGGGCCUUCCUCACAGAUGGAGGGAACGACGGCCUGCUCGGCUUGGCGUUCCCGAAGCUGAAUACAGUGGAGCCGCACCGUGUUGCAACUCCUGUAGAGAACAUGCUCGAGAUGAGGCUGAUAGAUCCUCCCGUUUUCACCUGCAAACUCGGACACGGCUCUGAGCAAAGUUUUUAUUCAUUCGGGUUCAUCGACGAAUCAGUAACCCGUCAUCCAGUCGUGUACCACCACGUCAACUCUUCGCGAGGCUUCUGGGAAGUCGCCUCCACAGCAUACGUGGUGGACAACAGGCCGUACAAGAGUCGGGACAACACGGCGAUCAUUGACACGGGCACCACGCUCUGUCUGGUGCACGACGACGCUGUGGAGAGGAUCUACCACAGAAUCAAUGGUGCGCGGUACAGCAACAGUCGCGGAGGCUGGAUAUACCCCAACCAUGAGCGACUCCCCGAUGUCGAGUUUGCUAUAGGGCAUACAAUGUAUCGCUUGAACGAGGUUGAUUUCCACUAUAGCGAUGCUGGCGAUGGCUUCACGUUCGGCGGCAUCCAAAGCCGUGGAGACCUCCAUUACGAUAUAUUCGGUGAUGUCUUCCUGAAGUCGCUCUACGUCGUCUUCGAUCAGGCCAACCUCAAGAUUGGUGUUGCCCAGAGAGAUGAUUGA